GCGCGGCAGAGGGAGAAGAUGAACGACGAGCACAACAAGCGGCUCUCGGAGACCGUGGACCGGCUGCUGAGCGAGAGCAACGAGCGGCUGCAGCUGCACCUCAAGGAGAGGAUGGGGGCGCUGGAGGAGAAGAAUUCGCUGAGUGAAGAAAUCGCCAACAUGAAGAAAAUGCAGGACGAGCUCCUGCUCAACAAGGAGCAGCUGCUGGCGGAGAUGGAGCGGAUGCAGCUGGAGCUGGACCAGCUCCGGGGCCGCCCCGGCUCCUCCUACUCCAG